AUGGACAACGCCCCCUAUUUCUUUAAACAUGCAGUGAGGAUAUGCAGCCCGCAAUAUUGGCCGACUAACCAGGAUGUGCUGCGCUCACGGGUGCAGACUCGGGGUGUGACCCAGUCCAGCUUCGUCGCUGAUGGCAUGCGUAUCCACAUGUACGACGUCGGUGGUCAGCGUGCGGAACGGAAAAAGUGGAUCGUCGCAUUCGAGAGCGUCAAAUGUGUCAUCUUCACAGCUUCUCUGUCCGAGUACGACCAAUCUCUACUUGAACAUCCGGAGCAAAACAGGAUGCAAGAGUCGAUCGAGGUAUUCAAGAACAUCAUCACGUCGCGCUGGUUCCAAAAGGCGACAAUGGUCAUGUUCUUCAACAAGAUGGAUGUCUUUGAGGAAAAGUAUCAUCGCAGUCCGAUGAAAAACUACUUUGCGGAAUACUCGGGGAAUGACGUAGAGGCUGGCGUCAAGUUCAUCAUUUGGAAAUACCGCCAGGUGAACAAGAACAACGCACCGGUCUAUUCACACAUUACAACAGCAACAGAUACAAAUCGAUGCUCCGUGGUGCUCGCCGCUGUCCGAGAAAAUAUCCUCGAUGCAGCUAUCCGAGAGUCUGGACUGAUCUAGUUGCUUUGCUUGAUAUCUGUGUUACGAUAAGUUGGGAUGAUGAUGGUUCUUUAUCUGUAUGACAGUGUAGACUUCAGUCAUUGGGCAUGGUGUGACAUCGGUAUUUGACAUGAAAUGAUAUGAUC